AUCGUUUUCCCUACUUACCACAGCCACAAAUCCAGCCCAUUUCUACAAUUUCUCAUUUUAAACUGUGAUUUUCAAUCUAGCCUUAACUGCUAACAUUAUGCCUAACCUUAAAUUAAGACCGAAAAUCUAUUUGUAUGCAUUUUUACCUUAUUGACUUUGUGGUUACUAGAGGAAACCUUCGGUAUCUUUUCAAAAACAAAGAUUUUUUAUGUCAUUCGAGAUAAUAAAUGCUCACUUUAAGGCACAUAGUGACUACGGCCUGGUUUCGAGAGAAUAAUUAAUUAAUAUAGUUUGGGACUAUGAUAUAGUUUGCAUCGGCACAAUUGGGCAGACAAAUAUUAUGAAGAUAGAGGUGGGGUAUUUCAGCUAAAGCUUAGCAGUGAAACGACUCUUUAUAAAAAUGGCGCCGACCAAUGCAACCUGUCCCAUAGUAUAGUAAACUCACAUGUAACGUGGUUUAGUUGUUGCUACAUUUAUCGAGCAGGCUUUUCACCAAACAGCAAUGUUUGUCGCUCGAAGUAUUGCAGCGGACCACAAGGAUCUUAUUCAUGAUGUUUCAUAUGAUUUCCAUGGCCGGAGAAUGGCAACUUGCUCUAGUGACCAAAGUGUCAAGGUGUGGGACAAGAGUGACAACGGAGAGUGGAACUGCACUGCCAGUUGGAAGACCCAUAGUGGAUCAGUAUGGAGGGUGACCUGGGCCCAUCCUGAGUUUGGUCAGGUGCUGGCCUCCUGCUCCUUCGACCGGACCGCUGCUGUGUGGGAGGAGAUAGUUGGGGAGUCCAAUGACAAACAGAGAGGACUCAGUCACUGGAUCAAGAGGACCACUCUGGUGGACAGUAGGACGUCGGUGACGGACGUGAAGUUCGCUCCUAAACACAUGGGUCUGAUGCUGACCACUUGCUCAGCAGACGGGGUUAUGAGGGUCUACGAAGCUCCAGACGUCAUGAACCUCAGCCAGUGGUCCCUGCAGCAGGAGAUCUCCUCUAAACUCAGCUGCUCCUGUAUCUCCUGGAGCCCCUCCAGCUCCCGUGCCCACGCCCCCAUGAUAGCAGUGGGCUCUGAUGACAGCAACACAGCACACAGCGGGAAAGUUCACAUCUAUGAAUACAUUGAAAACACAAGGAAGUAUGCUAAGGCAGAAAAUCUGAUGACGGUGACAGAUCCAGUCCAUGACAUUGCCUUUGCUCCCAACUUGGGACGCUCUUUUCACGUGCUCGCCAUCGCCACCAAAGACGUAUGCAUCUUCAAGCUGAUACCAAUGAGGAACGAGUCUGCAGUGGGGUCGUCUGGUCCCACUAAGCUGCAGGUUCAGAUCCUGGCCCAGUUUGACAACCACAACUCCCAGGUGUGGAGAGUCUCCUGGAACAUCACCAGCACCUUGCUGGCCUCGUCAGGGGAUGAUGGCUGUGUCCGACUCUGGAAAGCCAAUUACAUGGAUAACUGGAAGUGUACAGCCAUCCUGAGAGGAGAUGGUAGCCCAGUGACUGGCUCGUCCAGUCAGGCUGCGGUCCCCAGUACAGCAGGGGGACCACAACACGUCCUGCUGCAAGCAUCCUCCGCUGGAAAGUAAGAAAGAAAGCUCAGCUGAUGCCUAGCUAACGGAGUGGCUUGAUGAUGCUGCUUGUUGCAUGAACACACACACACACACACACACACACACACACACACACACACACAGGAAUGGAAAGAGAACUCCCUCCCCUGCAGACCUCCCAGAAACACCUCUGAACCCUUUUUUAUACUAAUCUAGAACCACACUGAGUUAUCAGGGUUCUAGAUCAAAGUUCUAGAGUGGGUUUUAUGUCAGUAUUGACUGUUAUGCUAGUGAAUGAAAUAUCCUGUUGGUGUAUCUGACUGACUGGUUGGGGUGUAUCUGACUGACUGGUUGGGGUGUAUCUGACUGACUGGUUGGGGUGUAUCUGACUGACUGGUUGGGGUGUAUCUGACUGACUGGUUGGGGUGUAUCUGACUGACUGGUUGGGGUGUAUCUGACUGACUGGUUGGGGUGUAUCUGACUGGUUGAGGCAUUAUGGGGUGUCUGAAGAACUACAUGGGAGUAUGGGUUAUGGUUUAGGUAUGGUGAGAGAGGGUAGACAUAAUGGGUUUAGAGUAACUUUCCAAAAAUGUCCUGGUUUUCCAGAAAUCCAGGUUGAAACAUUCCUGUAAUUAGGAGAGAAUAAGCAGGAAAUCCCAGAACCUUUUUUUCCUUGAAAACCAGGGAACUUUUGGAAGGUUACCAGAGUGUUGCAACCCUAAGUGGGUUCCAGUGAGUUCUAGGUAAUAUUGUGGAGGGGUCUGCAUAAUGUAAAUUACCCUGUGGUUCUGCCUGACUGACUGGUGGAUGAGAUGGUUCUGACUGACUGGUGGAUGAGGUGGUUCUGACUGACUGGUGGAUGAGGUGGUUCUGCCUGACUGACUGACUGGUGGAUGAGGUGGUUCUGCCUGACUGACUGACUGGUGGAUGAGGUGGUUCUGACUGACUGACUGGUGGAUGAGAUGGUUCUGCCUGACUGACUGGUGGAUGAGAUGGUUCUGACUGCUGACUGGUGGAUGAGAUGGUUCUGCCUGACUGACUGGUGGAUGAGAUGGUUCUGCCUGACUGACUGGUGGAUGAGAUGGUUCUGACUGACUGGUGGAUGAGGUGGUUCUGACUGACUGGUGGAUGAGGUGGUUCUGCCUGACUGACUGGUGGAUGAGGUGGUUCUGCCUGACUGACUGGUGGAUGAGAUGGUUCUGCCUGACUGACUGGUGGAUGAGGUGGUUCUGCCUGACUGGUGGAUGAGGUGGUUCUGCCUGACUGGUGGAUGAGGUGGUUCUGACUGACUGGUGGAUGAGGUGGUUCUGACUGACUGACUGACUGGUGGAUGAGGUGGUUCUGACUGACUGACUGACUGGUGGAUGAGGUGGUUCUGACUGACUGGUGGAUGAGGUGGUUCUGCCUGACUGACUGGUGGAUGAGGUGGUUCUGACUGACUGGUGGAUGAGAUGGUUCUGACUGACUGCUGAUUGAGGUGGUUCUGCCUGACUGACUGGUGGAUGAGGUGGUUCUGACUGACUGACUGGUGGAUGAGGUGGUUCUGACUGGUGGAUGAGGUGGUUCUGACUGGUGGAUGAGGUGGUUCUGACUGGUGGAUGAGGUGGUUCUGACUGACUGCUGGUUGAGGUGGUUCUGCCUGACUGACUGGUGGAUGAGGUGGUUCUGACUGACUGACUGGUGGAUGAGGUGGUUCUGACUGACUGACUGGUGGAUGAGGUGGUUCUGACUGACUGACUGGUGGAUGAGGUGGUUCUGACUGGUGGAUGAGGUGGUUCUGACUGGUGGAUGAGGUGGUUCUGACUGACUGACUGGUGGAUGAGGUGGUUCUGACUGACUGACUGGUGGAUGAGGUGGUUCUGACUGACUGACUGGUGGAUGAGGUGGUUCUGACUGACUGACUGGUGGAUGAGGUGGUUCUGACUGACUGGUGGAUGAGGUGGUUCUGACUGACUGACUGACUGGUGGAUGAGGUGGUUCUGACUGACUGACUGACUGGUGGAUGAGGUGGUUCUGACUGACUGACUGACUGACUGGUGGAUGAGAUGGUUCUGACUGACUGACUGACUGGUGGAUGAGGUGGUUCUGACUGGUGGAUGAGGUGGUUCUGACUGACUGACUGGUGGAUGAGGUGGUUCUGACUGACUGACUGGUGGAUGAGGUGGUUCUGCCUGACUGACUGACUGGUGGAUGAGGUGGUUCUGCCUGACUGACUGACUGGUGGAUGAGGUGGUUCUGCCUGACUGACUGGUGGAUGAGGUGGUUCUGACUGACUGACUGACUGGUGGAUGAGGUGGUUCUGACUGACUGACUGACUGGUGGAUGAGGUGGUUCUGACUGACUGACUGACUGGUGGAUGAGAUGGUUCUGACUGACUGACUGACUGGUGGAUGAGGUGGUUCUGACUGACUGACUGACUGGUGGAUGAGGUGGUUCUGACUGACUGACUGACUGGUGGAUGAGGUGGUUCUGACUGACUGACUGGUGGAUGAGGUGGUUCUGCCUGACUGACUGACUGGUGGAUGAGGUGGUUCUGCCUGACUGACUGACUGGUGGAUGAGGUGGUUCUGCCUGACUGACUGGUGGAUGAGGUGGUUCUGACUGACUGACUGACUGGUGGAUGAGAAGCUGACAUCUGAGACUUAACGUUAAAAUCUUUGGGGUGAUGAAUAAUUUAUGAAAAACAAUUAAUUCUGUAUAAUAAAGUUUAAUCCAAUGUU